CAUUAAGAUAAAAAUAAAUAAAUUAAUAUUUUUGUUUAAAAAUAAAUAAAUAUUUGUGUUUAAUUUUUUAUCGGUUUGAUCUUCAUUUAACAUUUGAGACCAGUCACAUAUUAAUUACUUUACGUACGUUGGAACUGUGACCGUGACCAAAAGCAAUUAAUUGAGAGCCAUUUUUUGAUUAGAACAAUAGUUCCUCAAGGAAUACAAAAUAAAGCAGUUUGCAAUAACAUUAUAAGGGUAUCCUAUGUACAGGGAACAACAAGCAUAACAAAAAAAUAUAAUUACUACUGAGUCAUCAACGUAGCAACAAUGAGCUCCAAGGAAGCCCCUCCCCCCUAUGCUGAAUACCCAGGAGUAUACAAUUUUCCACCAGCACCAAACCCAGGUAAUCAUCCACCACCACCAGGUUAUUACCAACAGCCAUCCCCUUCAGCAGGUUUUUAUCCACCUGGAAAUUAUGGACCUCCUCCCACAGCUCCACCAGGUGGAUAUGGAGCAACAGCAACUACAGUCAUUGUUACUCAGCCUCCAAAUGUGGUUUUUGUUGGUGGCUGUCCUUCCUGUAGAGUAGGAGUCUUAGAAGAUGAAUAUACUUGUCUCGGCGUUCUGUGUGCAAUUUUCUUUUUUCCUCUGGGUGUUCUCUGUUGCCUCGCCAUGAGGGAAAAAACAUGCCAAAACUGCGGUGCCACUUUUGACUAAAUUAUCAAUUAUUGAUGUAUAUUUGUAAGUUUUACUGUCUUUUAUCGAUAGUUUUUUAAUUUGGACUCAAAGUGCCCAUAACACUUAUAUCAUUAAAAUAAUAUAUAAUUUCCAUAAUAUUUUAAUAUACAUAUCGCAACUACCAAAAAAAAACAAAACUAAUAAAAAAAGUCAAUUUUCUUCCUAUCUAUGUUUUAUACUCACCUGAUAUUAUGAAAAGCAGAUGAUAUGAAUUUUAAUAGUUGAAUUACAUUUGAAAAGUAUUACGAAUAUUUACUUUAAAGCUAAGUUGAUUUCGUUCGAUUUUUCUUCACCGUUAGAUACCUUGUUAAAUAGACCAACAUAUUUACAAAAUUUUAUGGUUCUUCGAUUUGUUUCUACUUUGCAGUUGAACAAUCAAUAAAUAUUCCACAAUGGGUCAACACUUUGUUUAUGGGGUAAUUACUAUUAAGUUUUGAUUAUUAUAUAAAUUUUAUAAUAGACAUUCUAGUUGUUGCACAUAAGAUGUAGAAUAUGUUCCUAUCGAAAUAUAUUCAUAUGUUUUUAAAUUCUA